AUGUGGACAGAGCUGAUCUGUACCUUGCAGACCACCCCCACCAAACUGACCGGUGUAUCACAGGGCCGGGAGCACAGUAAUGCCAGGACCGGGCCAUUCCCUCAGCCCCAGGUGUGCAUCAUCAGGCACAGAAAUCUCUCUGCGUCAGGUUACAAAAAAGCAGUUGUCUGGAUUGCAGAAAUCAGCUCCCAGUUCCAGUUUUACCCAAAAACAUUUGCUUUAGCCACCAGCAUCUUCAACAGGCUGUUGGUAUCAGUAAAGAUCCAGUUAAAAUAUCUGCAGUGCAUUGCCAUUUCCUGCCUUGUCCUUGCAGCAAAAAACAAUGAAGAUGAGGUAAUACCAUCAGUGCAGAUGCUAGAGAUGCAGAGCAGAUGUAAACACUCUCCAGCUGACAUGUUAAGAAUGGAAAGAGCUACACUGGAUAAGCUUCAGUGGGAUCUUUACACAGCAACACCAAUGGAUUUCUUAAACAUUUUCCAUGCCAUGGUGAUGUCCAGCUGGCCCCAUCUCCCACCCAGACUGCCUUAGAGGAAUCCUUCCCUCCACGUUGCACUCUUGACCAAGCAGCUGCAGCACUGUAUGGCCUGCCACCAACUCGUGCAGUUUAAGGGCUCCACGUUGGUUUUGGUGAUCAUCACUUUGGAACUGGAGAGGCAGACUCCUGGUUGGUUUCCUGUUAUUACUGAUCUGCUAAAAAAAGCACAGGUGAACAGCACCGAAUUCAUCCACUGCAAAGAGCUUGUGGAUCAAGAGUUAAUGUGCUUGCAGCCACCCAAUACUGUUUUUAUUUUCUCUCCCAUAGCCAAGCUGUGCAGGGCCAUCCCAAGACAAGGCUACCCUGCCAUCACCCUUCUGAAAGGAAGAGUUCCCAUCAGGGGAGGUAGAGGGUUGCUGUAA